CUCGUGGAGAUGUCCCCACCGUCUGGGGUCUAUGGUCUGUGUGUGUGCGUGUGGUGUGUACACAGUGCAUCAUCGUCUGCCGUGGUAGUGUUAGUCUGAGGACGGUAUUUUGCCGCUAAAACGUUUCUUCUAUUCCUGUCGCCGCCAAGUCCCGCAGACAGGUGUUUGUGUGUGUGAGAGUGCGGCCUUGACAUCUUUGGCUUUCGGAGAAUGCCGCCGUUUUGGAUGUAUUGCCCAGAGGCUUUGGACAGGGAGCAUAUCAUUGAUGUGACGACUGUGCCGCCAUGUCAGAAGUCCAGCCCAGGAGCCCAGAUGCCGCCAUUCCCUCUCCUGCUGGGCGAGCACCCGGUGCUGCUGUCACAGACAAUGGAGGGCCAGGCCAUGGUCACCAACUUCCGGUUCUGUGUGGCCGAGCGGAGGGCUUUCCUCAGCGUGCCUCUCAUGAGUGUGGGCGAGCUGGUGCUGGUGGAGGCCAACAGGUGGAUGAGGCUGGGAUGUAAGGACGGCUCCACCUACUGCUGUACUUUUGCCACCAUGGAGGAUGGCCGCGUCUGCUACAACACCCUGAGGGAGAAGGUGGGCGUGCCCCGCAAGAUGAAGGACCUGUUCACGUUCCGCUUCCACGCGGCCGCCCUACAGCGGGAGGCUGCCGGGGGCAGCUGCUCACAGGCCGAGUCGGAUCAGAUGGCUCUGUGUAAACCAGUGAGCCAGUCAUUUGCAUACUCAUUUGGGAAAGAGGUGGAGAGACUUGGCUUUGACACAAACCGGCGCAGGGUCUGGAGGAUGAGCCAUGCUAAUGACACAUAUGAGUUUUGCCCUACAUAUCCCAAACUGCACCUGCUUCCCGUGACGGUCAGCGAUGACAAACUCAAGGACAGUUUGGACUUCAGAGCCCUCAAACGUUUCCCGUCUGUUGUCUGGAGAGACAAGAGCUCGGGAAUGGUGUUGAUCCGCAGCAGCCAGCCUCUGUCCAGCUUCCUGGGGGUCAGUUACUUCAGCAACGACGCUGACCUGCUACUUCUGGAUGAGAUUGUCAAAGCUUGCAACAGAGACUGGGAGUUUAUUCAGUCAGAGCGCCAGCCCCGCAUGGCUCCUCCCCCUGUAGAGGCCGACGAGAACCCUGGCUGCUGUCAGGGUCAAGGUGACGGGUCAGCGCGGCCGGAGGAGGAUGGGGCUCAGGGUGGAUUGGUGGGACAAGGGGGCGGAGCCUCCACUGGACAUGAGGCCAGCAAUGGCACUGACCAGCACGACUCCAGCAAUCCUCGCAUGCUGGCCAUUGUCGACUGCCGCAGCACAGCCGGCGUGUGGGGCAACAGCUUCAAGGGAGGAGGAACAGAGGAUGAGGUCGUCUACAAGUGCAAGCUGAUCCACCUUGAUCUGGCCAACAUCCAUGCUAUUCGUGACAGUUUCAAUAAGCUGCGCACUUUGUGCCACAAUUAUCCAGAAGGGACUUACUUCAAGAACCUGUCGGGCUCUAUGUGGCUGAGCUACAUCUCCCAGCUGCUGCGCGGGGCCAACAUUGUGGUGGAGCUGAUGAAGGGCAAGAGGCGGCCGGUGCUGGUGCACUGCUCUGACGGAUGGGACCGCACCUCGCAGAUCUGCUCACUGUCUGAACUACUCAUGGACCCGUACUACCGCACCAUUGAGGGCUUCCAAACGUUGGUGGAGAGGGAGUGGCUGCACUUUGGCCACAAGUUUGGGGAGCGCGGAGGCCACGACCCCAAGUGCUCGGAUUACAACCAGCAGAGUCCCAUCUUCCUGCAGUUCCUGGACUGUGUCCAUCAGCUGACCCGACAGCACCCGGCCGAGUUUGAGUUCAACGAAGCCUAUCUGAUCAAGCUGCUGAAGCACUCCCAAGCCUGCCUAUUUGGCACCUUCCUGCACAACUGUCAGCGUGAGCGCGACGCGUGUCGCUUUACAUACGGGAGUGUGUGGGCCCUGCUGCAGCCGGGCAACACGCGCUUCCUCAACCUGCUGUACAAACCCAAGCAAGAGGUUCUGGUGGCCAAGUUCAGCGAGCACGAGGUGGAGCUGUGGAAGUCUGUGUACAUGGAGGGCCACACCUCACAGACAGACAUCUUCCUGGAGCCCCUGCUGGCCGCCGACGGGGAGGAGGGCCGGGACAACAACCCCGCCGCCGAGCCCAUGCCUCGCACCAGGUCCAUGGAAGAGCUGUCGAGAGCCAACGCUGACAACACCCGACGUAACAGUGACCCCUCUGUGAACCCUGGACAGGACUCUGGGGCGGCGGCCGACCCCCACAACACGUCGUCCUCCUCAGUGGAGGUCCUUCAACACCAUGCGGAGGACAAGACGGGGAGUGGGUCGCUGCCGGGGGACGGGAGCGCGGGCCGGGUCGUGGACUCGGCUCCUGCCUCCAAUGGGAGCGCUACUGGUUUGAACGGGUCUUCUAGCAGCCCCGCCGCCGUGCUCGCAGUUUCAAAUCCUGGGGCUUCAGACCAGGCGGACGUUUCAGUUGCUCAGAACAAUAGUGUUGAUUCAGGUCUUUCAGUGAACACCCCUCUGUCGUUAUCGUCGUCAAGUCGGAACCUGCUACAGGAUAACGCUGGUGGCUUGACCACUGGUCAGUCUGGCGGUGAGGACAGCGCGGGUGUCGGUGGUGGGAGCGUUGUUGCCAGUCUCCCAGUGGACAAUAUCCCCGAAGGGGAUGAGUUUUUGAGUUGUGAACAAAUUCCUUGUGAAGGGGAGGACGCAGAAGGUCUUUCAGUGCGAGAGAGUGCUGGCGGUGGUGGUGCCGAGGAUGGGAAAAAGGACUCUGCUAUUUCCAGUGGACGCGAACUCUUGUCUGGUGCUGUGGCCCCGGGCUCCCCGCAGAAGAUGAGAAUGUCGGACAGUAGCAGUCACAUCUCGCUGUUGUCUGAGCGGCUGGCAGAGGUGGACGAGACGGGUGGCUCUGUUGGCAACGGUCAGCACCUCGUUAGUGGACAUCAUCAGCAUUCCCAGGAUGAUUCCGAAGCACUCAAAAGCCACGACGAUAACGCAGCACCAUCUCAAACAGAUGGCGGUGACGGUGCUGGCGAUGUUGUUGUCCAACAUUCGACUUCAGAGAAUUCCAUGACUGAAAAUGGCCGUAAAGUGGAAAGCACCCACCCAAGUGCCGGCUCCUCCUCGUCCUCCACCCUUGCCCCCUCCUCUGUCCCCAGUCCUGCGACUGUCAGGGUGUAUCAGCAGACUAGCGCUAGUCCGAUCCCCGGCCGCAAGGUGAGCAGCGGUACUAGCAGUAGCACAAGAAAGUUGUCUUUCUCCGUCAUCUCAGCAGAGGCCCCCGAGCAGAGCCCGUCAAGCUCAUCCACCUCCUCUGCCUCCACGGUAGUCGGCUCCAAACAGCUUGAUGUUUGCACAAACACGGACAAAUUUGUCACCUCGUCCCCACCACCCCUGUCAUCCUCCUCGUCCACUACCUUCACACUCUCCUCCUCCACCUCCCAGAUCAAGAAAGACAGCAACCACCAUCUAAGCGACACGCACGUGGUAGUAGACGGGUCUCCGUCUGGCGGAAAGACCUUGCUCUCGCGCCGCGCCCGCGCUGCAUCGGGCGCCAGCAGGGACCUGAGCGUCUCUCCCAGCGCGGGCAGCGGCAACUGGACGGACACGGGUCGGCUGCGGCACCCCAGCGGGAGCGACUCGGCUCUCAGACGUUGCAUUCGCUCCACGGUGUCCACCAGCACCACGGACAUCAGCGACUCCUGUGUGGGGCAGAUCCUGGUACCCUCCCUGGAACGCCAGACCAGCAUCAAGCAACGCAUGGACGUGGACGGCCUGGCCUUGACCUGCGACCCCCGGCAGGAGCUGCUGGCCCAGCUGUUGCACUCUAAGGAGCAGCGCAUUGUGGAGCUGGAGCAGCUGCUGGCCCGCGCCUCGGAGAUGAUCCGGCGGGGGCGCCACCUACAGCAGUCGCCGCAGCCCACAGGCAUGGAGGACCUGGAACUGUGGCAAAGUGUUCUGCGAUGAGUGCAGCAACUACCGAGCGCCGGUGCCCCACGCCCACCUCAACAAGCCGGAGCGUGUGUGCCACCGCUGUCACUCCACGCUGCUGCAGCUGAGUCCAGGCGCCUCCUCCGAUGGCCGUAUCCCUACGCUGGUCGCCGACGGCUAGAUUGUUGGCCCGCUCAUACACCCACCCACAGAGCUUCUCCCUGUCCAGCCCGCCCCACGCUAUCGAAAUAUGUUUUAUGAAGGCUACAGGAGGGAAAAAACGGCGUUUGUCACAAUUUUCUGUUCUUAUCAUUGAUCAAUUUUUAGACCAAACCAAUUUAAUGCUUUAGUGCAAUUUUUAUCAGAGACAGUAGCCACACACUGGUGGCAAAUUUAUGACAGGUGUACACUGAAAGAACUAAAAUUAUCUAUAUAAAUCCAGAAAGAAAAAGCGUAAAGGUUGCAAUAAUUUGUCUGUGACUUAUGUCUAUUUUCCCUGAAUGUAGUGUUCAGUUCAUAAUCUUAGUUCUUGUUUUGAUCCUGUUAUUGUGCUAAUAAGAAAUCUGCCGUGAAAUUUAUUAUUUUUUUUUACUUCAGUAUUUUCUUGAAGAAAGAUUUCUACCAUUUGUGGUGUUCUCGUAUACGGGUGUUUAAGUGAAUCUAUACAGACAUCGUUUUGUUCUUUGGUUUGGUCAAGCCUGUAUUCAAUGCUCUCUUCCUGUACCGUUUCUAUUAAUUGUGAACAUAUUAUUUAUCCCUACUGUGCAUGUGGAAAGAUCUCCCAAAUUUUAUUUUCUCCGUAAAAUGGAUGUAUCUAUAAGCAAGAAAUACUGUUUGUUGACGACGGUGUAGAGGUGACGUGGACCAAUGGAUGGAUAGUUGAUUAGGUCAUUGUUGUUUGGGAGUACAUUUGGGCUUUAUUCUGGCGUGGGGGUGUGGUUCACAGAUUAGGAUAAGUUGUGUUUUGAGACAAUAGAUGCAGGGGGCGGGCACACUACUGAAAGGUUCAAUCUGUUCCUGGUCAUUGGUGUCACUAGUGUACACUAGAAUGUUCUGUAGGGUGUACUUGGAAUUGGGUAUCUUCUGUCUCCAACUUAAUUUUUUUCCGAACCCAAAGCAGUUGUGUAAUGUCAUUUCAUUUACGAAGAUGGUUGUGCCAUUUGAUCCUGUUAUUAUCAUGCUGGGCUGUGAUGUUGAUUGCCAUAGUUCGGUUACUGAAAAAGGGGUAGUUCUUUAGUUGGAUAGUUGGAAAUUUUUAAGAUUCUCCACCCACUUGGCACAGUCUUUUCAGAAGUUAUUGGAGAUGGAUGGUGUAUUUGGAGACAUGUUUGUUAUUCCAAUACAAUUCACAAUUUUCGGAACAGGAGGAUGACCAUUUCCUGUCGAGGACAUAGGUGACUUGUUUCUCAAGAGGACGCCAUUCUUUUGGUCCAAUGGUGGUACUGUCUGCAGAAGUUUUAAGUGUACCUGGCACUAAUAAACCAGCCUCUUGUAUUGUCUUAUUUCUGGCUCGUGGGUUCCCCAAUAGGUUUAUUGUGUCUGUCUCAGCUAGUUCUUGAUUUUGCCAUCGGGAUAGGCAAGUAGGUCAAUGAGCUUGCUGGCAGUCUUGGUGUCUAGUUUUGCCUAUUGUUUUCAUAAAUCUUUAAGUAUUUUCUAUGUUUGUAUUGUAAGUGCUUUGUACCUGUUGUUUUUUCUCUUUCAUCACUUCAACUUCUUCGCUCAUAUCAUCAUGUGUUUGGCAUUCCGA